GCUCAGCCCCUACAGCCACGACAGGGACAGCUUGUCCAGCAGCCAGGACCACAUCCCACUGGCUGGCCGCCCCCCCCCCGCCCCCCCCCGGGCCACCUCCUCGGCCAGCUACCAGCACGCCGUGGGUGCCACCAUAGCCCGUGCCAACCAGGCGUACGGCGCCUUCCUGCGCUCCGGGGAGGGCGCUGGCUUCUGUGGCCAGGUGGUGCUGCUGGGGGACUGUGUGGGUGGCAUCCUGGGCUUCGACGCGCUGUGCCAGGGCCGGGCGGGCGCCGGGGGCAGUCGCAGCAGCAGCCGCCGCGGCAGCCUGGUGAGUGCUGGGACCCUGGGGACAGGCAGGGUGGGCAUGGUGAAGGUGCUGGUGGUGGCUAAGCAGGUGGUAGAAGAAGAAUCCUGGAAUGCUUAUCCCUACACCCGCACCAGCUGGUUCCGGGCACUGCUCCCCAAAGCUGCCCUGCAGGUAGAAGAAGAAUCCUGGAAUGCUUAUCCCUACACCCGCACCAGGUACACCUGUCCCUUUGUGGAGAAGUUCUCCAUCGAGAUUGAGACAUAUUACCGGCCAGAUGCUGGCCAGCAGACCAACAUCUUCAACCUGAGUGCAGCUGAGAAGAGGCAGAGGAUUUUGGACACCAUUGACAUCGUGCGUGAUCCCAUCUCCCCUGGGGAAUACAAGCCUGAGGAGGAUCCCAAGCUCUACCACUCGACCAAGACGGGCCGGGGUCCCUUGGGGGACGACUGGCUGGAGGCAGCUGCUGGUGGCCCCUUGAUGUGUGCCUACAAGCUCUGCAAGGUGGAGUUUCGCUACUGGGGGAUGCAAUCCAAGAUUGAGCAGUUCAUCCAUGACGUGGGACUGCGAAAGGUGAUGCUGCGGGCCCAUCGCCAGGCUUGGUGCUGGCAGGAUGAGUGGACGGACCUGACGAUGGAAGACAUCCGGCAGCUGGAGGAGGAGACAGCCAGGAUGUUGGCCAAGAAGAUGGCCAAAUGUGGGGAGCCUGAGGAACCCCCCAGCGCUGGGCCCAGUGCCCAGGGGAGGCUGGAGCCAGGGGAGACCAGUGGGCAGGAGGGGACCGAGGUGCCAGAGGUGGCCGAUGCCUCCCCUGAUGAUGCUUUUGCCAAGCAGUGGUCAACCUCCUCCCGUUCCUCCUACUCUUCCCAGCAUGGAGGGGGGGUGUCUCCUCAGAGCCUGUCUGAGUGGCGGAUGCAGAACAUUGCCCGUGACUCCGAGAACAGCUCUGAAGAGGAGUUUUUUGAUGCCCACGAAGACCUGUCUGACAGUGACGAGGUCUUUACCAAGGAGAUGACCAAGUGGAGCUCCAACGAUUUCUUGGACACUCUGGAGCGGCCAGCGGAGCUGGAUGAGGUGCUGGGGGAGGGAGCCAGCGCUGCCAAGGAGGAUGGAGAAGGACUGGGGGCAUCCAGUUUCCCUGAGACACUGACAGCCACCUUCGACGCCGUCACCCGUGUCAACUUCCCCGAGGCCCUGGGGCACGUGGCACUGCGCCUGGUCCCCUGCCCGCCCAUCUGCGCCGCUGCCUACGCCCUCGUCUCCAAGUACGUCUCCCCAGCGCCGUGUGCUGGGGUGAAAGGGGCUGCUCCCCCCUGGGAAACCACCCCAGGGCUGCAGGAGGGGACUGAGGAGGUGGUGGCCUUGAGGAGAGGACUUUUCUUCUCCUGGUGUGGCACCCAGGAGUGGAGAGAGCCCAUCUCCCCAGAGCUGUGCAGUGGGCGGGAUCCGCUGGCUGAGGGGACAGAUGGAGCAGCAGGAUCAGACCAGGCCGGUCCUGAGCCGUGGGCACAGCAGGGGGACAGUCACCAUCACAGCUCCUCGUGCCAGCGAGGCCCCGCUGGACCGGGGCGCGGCCCCGGGGCGCCAGAGGCUGCCGAAGGCAGCAACACCCGCCUGGAGUUCAAGGUAUCCGGCUUCUUCCUCUUUGGCUCCCCCCUGGGGCUGGUGCUGGCGCUGCGCAAGACCGUCAUGCCUGCUCUGGAUGUGGCCCAGCUGCGUCCUGCCUGCGAGCAGAUCUACAACCUCUUCCACGCCGCCGACCCCUGCGCCUCCCGCCUGGAGCCCCUCCUGGCCAAGGCCUUCCACGCCAUCCCGCCGCUCAGCGUCCCCCGCUACCAGAAAUACCCCCUGGGCGACGGCACCUCCUCCCUGCUGGAGGAGGCCCUGCAGACACACUCUGCUCUAUUCCUACCUGAGGUGGACAUGGUUGCCCCCCCAACCCCCACCAGCAACUUCGGGGGCUUCUGGAGGGCCAACGAGCCAGGAGACCUCCCCAACCCCACCAGCACCAGUGAAGUAGUCAAGAUCCUGGAGCGCUGGUGGGGCUCAAAGCGCAUGGACUACUCGCUGUACUGCCCCGACGCCCUGACUGCCUUCCCCACCAUCACCCUGCCCCACCUCUUCCACGCCAGCUACUGGGAAUCCUCCGACGUGGUGGCCUUCAUCCUGCGCCAGGUGGUGGAGAAGGAGGGUCCUCAGCCAGCAGAGAGUGAGGAGAGCUCCAUCUACAGCCCUGCUAUCCCACGGGAGAAGUGGCAGCGCAGACGCACACCCAUGAAGAUCCGGAACGUGACAGCCAACCACCGGGCCAGCGAUGUGAUCGUGUGCGAGGGCAAAGCGCAGGUCCUCAGCGGGCGCUUCACCUACGGACCCCUGGAUGUGGUGACACUGACUGGGGAGAAGGUGGACAUCUACAUCAUGACACAGCCAUUCUCAGGGAAGUGGCUGCACUAUGGCACUGAGGUGACCAGCAAUGGCGGGCGCCUGACCUUCACCAUCCCCCCGGACAAGGCUCUGGCCAUCGGCAUCUACCCCGUGCGCAUGGUGGUCAGGGGCGACCACAGCUACGCUGAAGCCUACCUGACAGUGGUGGCCCGGGGCACUGAGUCAGUGGUGUUCAGCAUCGACGGCUCCUUCACUGCCAGCGUCUCCAUCAUGGGCAGUGACCCCAAAGUGCGGGCGGGGGCUGUCGACGUCGUACGGCACUGGCAGGAUUUGGGCUACAUGAUCAUCUACGUGACGGGGCGCCCUGACAUGCAGAAGCACCGCGUGGUGGCCUGGCUCUCCCAGCACAACUUCCCCCACGGCGUCGUCUCCUUCUGUGACGGGCUCACCCACGACCCCCUGCGCCAAAAAGCUGCUUUUCUUCAGAGCCUGCGCUCCGAGGCUGAGGUCACCAUCAUUGCUGGCUACGGCUCUACCAAGGAUGUCUCAGUCUACAGCUCCGUGGGUCUGGCACCAGCCCACAUCUACAUUGUGGGACGGGCUGUCAAGAAGUUCCACAACCAGUGCCAGUUCCUGUCCGAGGGCUACGUAGCCCACCUGGCUCAGCUGGAGGCAGCAGCAAUGACCCACUCCCCCAAGGGACCCCCGCGGCCCAUGCUGGGCAAAGGCACCUACGGCUGCCCAGCGCCCGUCGACUUCCUCCGCAAGCAGAGCCAGCUCCUGCGGUCCCGGGGCUCCAGCCAGGCCGAGCGGGACGGGGGGCAACAACCAGGCCCCUCUGGGCUAUCCCGGGCCAAGCCCCGCAGCAUCAGCCUCAAGCUGGAGGGUGAGGAGUGA